UGUAAGAUGGCAGUGUGGAUCCAGGCCCAGCAGCUCCAGGGGGAUGCGCUGCACCAGAUGCAGUCUCUCUAUGGACAGCACUUCCCCAUCGAGGUGCGCCAUUACCUGUCCCAGUGGCUCGAGGGCCAACUCUGGGAUGUGAUCGAUCUGGAGAACCCCCAGGAGGAGUUUAAGGCCAAGCGCCUGCUGGACAGCCUGAUCCAGGAGCUGCAGAACAAGGCUGAGCAUCAGGUGGGAGAGGAUGGCUUCCUGCUCAAGAUCAAACUGGGACACUAUGCCAGCCAGCUCAAGAGCACGUAUGACCGCUGCCCUCUGGAGCUGGUGAGAUGCAUCAAACACAUCCUGUACACGGAGCAGAGGCUAGUCCGAGAGGCCUCUAAUUCAAGCUCUCCAGUGGGAGGGAUGAUGGACAGCAUGUCCCAGAAGUACCAGCAGAUCAACCAGGUAUUUGAGGAGCUGCGCUUGCUGACCCAGGACACAGAGAACGACCUGAGAAAGCUCCAGCACAACCAGGAGUACUUCAUCAUCCAGUACCAGGAGAGCCUCCGCAUCCAGGCCCAGUUGACCAGCCUGGCCACACUGCCCCCUGCUGACAGACAGCUGAGGGAGCCCACAUUACUGAGCAAGAGAGCCACCGUGGAGGCCUGGCUCACCCGGGAGGCCAACACACUACAGAAAUACAGACUGGACCUGGCAGAGAAGCACCAGAAGAGCCUGCAGCUACUGAGGAAGCAGCAGACCAUUAUCCUGGAUGACGAGCUGAUCCACUGGAAGAGACGGCAACAGCUGGCCGGCAACGGGGGUCCUCCAGAGGGGGGGCUGGACAUCCUGCAGUCCUGGUGUGAGAAGUUGGCAGAGACGAUCUGGCAGAACAGGCAGCAGAUCAGGAGAGCAGAACACCUGAGACAACAGCUUCCCAUCCCCGGCCCCAUCGAGGAGCUACUGAACGACCUCAACAGCACCAUCACAGACAUCAUCUCAGCACUGGUCACCAGCACCUUUAUCAUAGAGAAGCAGCCUCCCCAGGUGCUGAAAACCCAGACCAAGUUUGUCGCCACAGUGCGUCUCCUAGUGGGCGGAAAGCUCAAUGUGCACAUGAACCCCCCGCAGGUCAAGGCCACCAUCAUCAGUGAACAGCAGGCGAAGGCCUUGCUCAAGAACGAGAACACCAGGAAUGACAGCAGUGGAGAGAUCCUUAACAACAACUGUGUGAUGGAGUACCACCAGGCCACAGGAACACUCAGCGCCAACUUCAGGAACAUGUCUUUGAAGAGGAUCAAGCGCUCGGACCGGCGAGGGGCGGAGUCUGUGACAGAGGAGAAGUUUACCAUUCUGUUUGAGUCUCAGUUCAGCGUCGGGGGUAAUGAGCUGGUCUUUCAGGUUAAGACAUUAUCACUUCCUGUGGUGGUGAUCGUCCACGGUAGCCAAGACAAUAACGCCACGGCAACAGUGCUGUGGGACAACGCUUUUGCCGAACCCGGUCGGGUGCCCUUCAUAGUGCCUGACAAGGUGCUGUGGCCCCAGCUGUGUGAGGCCCUCAACAUGAAGUACAAGGCGGAGGUGCAGAGUAACCGUGGCCUCUCAGAGGAGAACCUGGUCUUCCUGGCCCAGAAAGCCUUCAGUAGCUCCAGCAUCAACCCUGAUGACUACCGCGGCAUGACCAUGACCUGGUCCCAGUUCAACAGGGAGAGUCUGCCUGGCAGGAAUUUCACAUUCUGGCAGUGGUUUGAUGGGGUCAUGGAACUCACAAAAAAACAUCUCAAACCACACUGGAAUGAUGGGGCGAUCCUGGGAUUUGUGAACAAGCAGCAGGCCCAGGACAUGUUGAUGUCCAAACCCAACGGGACCUUCCUGCUCCGCUUCAGCGACUCUGAGAUCGGAGGGAUCACUAUCGCCUGGGUGGCUGAGAAUCCCAACAAACCAGGGGAGAGGAUGGUGUGGAACCUCAUGCCCUACACAGCCAAAGACUUCUCCAUCCGCUCUCUGGCUGACCGCAUCAGUGACCUCAACCACCUCCUGUUCCUCUACCCAGACAGACCCAAGGAUGAGGUCUUCUCCAAAUACUACACGCCACCCCUGUCCAAAGCAGUGGAUGGAUACGUGAAACCGCAGAUCAAACAAGUGGUACCAGAGUUCACCACGACCAAUCCUGACCCAGCAGCAAACCCCACCUACAUGGAUCACGGAGCCUCCCCUGUUGUCAGUCACCCUCCAAACUACGGCAUAUACCCGCCUAUGAGUGACUCCAUGUUAGAUGCUGACGGUGACUUUGACCUGGAUGACACCAUGGACGUGGCGCGACACGUUGAGGAGCUGCUGCGGCGACCGAUGGAGAGCCAAUGGAGCGGCCAGCAGUCGUCAAGCGAACUGCACCGUCCGUGGAUGAUGGCAGGGGUACACGCUUCCGAGGUUGUGUCGGGACAUUCGCUAAAUCCUACCAUUGCAGCCUCUCCGGCACAGGACGCGACACAAAUAGCGGGGUUGAACAACAAUGACGCCACCGUGCUGCCUCCGACUGGCACCCGGGCAUACCUGGACAUUUCGGCGGCUGCCUUCGCCCACGGGCACCCGGUCUAUGGGGCAGAGGGAGUUUACACCAACGGAAGGUACAUGGACCACGGGAGUCCUCGGACUGGCAGCAGCAGCCGUGACAAUUCAGCCGAAAGGAGUCAUGGAGGCGUGAACACACCUUGCGGCAUUAUGAAGGAUGGCUCCAAGCAGAGGCAGGUGAGGCAGAAGAAGACUGUCUCCUUCAGCUCCAUGCCCAACGACCGUAAGAUCAACAGCACAGCCGCCUGCAUGGCCUUCAUGAUGGAGGGCUGCGAGAUGAAGAAGGUGCGCUCCAACUCGCGCAUGUACAACCGCUACUUCCUACUGGACCCGGACAUGCACUGGCUCCGCUGGGAGCCCUCCAAGAAGGACUCAGAGAAAGCCAAGUUGGAGAUCAAGAGCAUCAAGGAGGUCCGUCUGGGGAAGAAGACCCCUGUGCUGCGCAGCAAUGGCCUAUCCGACCAGUUCCCAGAUGAGUGUGCCUUCUCCAUCAUCUAUGGGGACAACUAUGAGUCUCUGGACCUGGUUGCCAGCACGGCUGAUGUGGUCAGCACCUGGGUGAUGGGCCUCCGCUACUUGGUCUCCUACGGGAGGCACAUGGUAGAUGUGGUUGAGCCUAGCCAGCCCAGCCUGAGGACCUCCUGGAUCGGUUCAGUGUUUGAGUUGGCUGACAUGGAGAGGAAUGGCCACAUCGACCUGUUCAGGGCCACCCAGAUCAUUAAGGGACUCAACCCGGGCAUGAAGGAGUCCCGGAUAGAGCUGAAGUUCAAGGAGCUCCAGAAGGCCAAAGACCAGUAUGGGGAGGACAUUGACAUGGAAACCUUUGUGGAGGCCUACUGCGAGCUGUGCACGAGGCCAGAGAUCUUCUUCCUGCUGGUGCAGUUCUCCAGCAACAAGGAGUACCUGGACAGCAAGGACCUGAUGCUGUUUGUUGAGGUGGAGCAGGGCAUGGAGGGCGUGACGGAGGACAUGUGCCGGGGCAUCGUCCAGAAGUACGAGCCGUCCGCCGAGGGCCGGGAGAAGGCCAGCCUCUCCAUUGAUGGCUUCACGCACUACCUCCUCUCCUCGGAGUGUCACAUUUUCGACCCCCAGCACAAGCGGGUGUGCCAGGACAUGAGCCAGCCGCUCUCCCACUACUACAUCAACUCUUCGCACAACGCCUCCCUUCUAGAGGACCACUUCUGGGGCUCCUCCGACAUCAGCAGCUACAUCCGGGCCCUGAAGAUGGGCUGCCGCAGCCUGGAAGUCAUUGUGUGGGAUGGCCCCGACAACGAACCUGUGGUGUAUGUGGGGAACUCGGUGGCAUCUCAGCUAGCCCUCUGCAAGGUCUUGGAUAUUAUAAACCAGUAUGCAUUUGAGAGCUCUGAGUACCCCCUCAUCCUCUGCCUGGUGACACACUGCUGUAUCCCCCAGCAGAGGGUCAUGGCCCAGCACAUGAAGAAGAUCCUUGGAGACAAGCUGUACUUGGACGCCCCGAGCUCAGAGGACCACUACCUACCCUCCCCAGAGGAACUCAAGGGUAAGAUCCUGCUGAAGGGCAAGCGGCUACCCCCAAACUACCCCGAGUCAGAGGGGGAGGUGACUGAUGAGGAGGAGGGUCUGGAGAUGUCCAGGAGGGUGGGGGCAGAUGAUAAAGACCAUCUCAAUGGCCUUGGCUGCAAACGGCUGAGGCUGUGUAAGGAACUGUCGGACCUGGUCUCCCUCUGUAAGUCAGUGCAGUUCAGGGACUUUGACAUCUCCAAGAGGGAUCAGAAAUACUGGGAGAUGUGCUCUUUCAAUGAGGUCGACGCCAACAGGUUCGCCAAUGAGUUCCCCGAGGACUUUGUGUGCUACAACAAGCGCUUUCUCUCCAGGGUGUACCCCACUCCGAUGCGGAUCGACGCCAGUAACAUGAAUCCCCAGGACUUCUGGAAGUGUGGUUGCCAAAUUGUAGCCAUGAACUACCAGACCCCGGGCCUGAUGAUGGACCUCAACCUGGGAUGGUUCAGGCAGAACGGGAACUGUGGCUACGUGUUGCGGCCGGCCAUCAUGAGGGAGGAGGUGUCAUACUUCAGCGCCAACGCCAGGGAAUCCCUUCCAGGGGUGUCCGCCCAGCUUCUCCACAUCAAGGUGAUCAGCGGGCAGAAUCUUCCCAAGCCCAGGGGCUCUGCUGCAAAGGGAGACGUGGUGGAACCCUACAUCUAUGCAGAGAUCCACGGCAUCCCGGCUGACUGUGCCGAGCAGAGGACCAAGACGGUCUCUCAAAACGGAGACAACCCUGUCUUUGACGAGAGCUUUGAGUUCCAGAUCAACCUGCCGGAGCUGGCGGCACUACGAUUCGUAGUGCUGGACGAUGACUACAUUGGAGACGAGUUCAUCGGCCAGUACACAAUCCCCUUUGAAUGUCUGCAGCCGGGCUACAGGCACAUCCCCUUGCAGUCGCUGACGGGGGAGUUCCUACCCAAUUGCACCCUCUUCGUACAUGUGGCCAUCACCAACAGAAGGGGAGGGGGCAAGGCCCACAAGAGAGGCCUGUCGGUGAGGAAGGGCAAGAAGGCUCGUGAGUACACCUCCAGCAAGACCACCGGUAUCAAGGUGGUAGACGAGCUCUUCAGAGCAUCCACCCAGCCUCUGAGGGAAGCCACAGACCUCCGGGAGAACGUCCAGAAUGCCAUGGUGUCGUUCAAGGAGCUGUGUGGUCUGACGCCGGCGGCCAACAUGAAGCAGUGUAUCCUGACCGUGUCCACGUGGCUGAUGAACAGCGAGCGAGCGCUCAGGGUGACCGUGGACCUGAGUCAAGCCUACCCCACCAUGGAGGCCCAAGGGCCCGUCCCCGAGCUGCUCCGCAAGGUCCUCAACGCCUACGACAUGAUGAUUCAGACGAGCCGGACACUGAUUGAGUCAGCUGAUGUGGUCUACUCCAAGCUUACACAAGCACAACGGGCAGGACUGGACUUCCAUGUGGACCUUCACAGGAUCGGGGCGAAGGAGGGCCUGAAGGGCCGUAAGCUACAGAAAGCCAUGGAGAGCUACGCCUGGAACAUCACCGUCCUCAAGGGUCAGGCGGACCUCCUGAAGCACGCUAAGAGUGAGGCUUUGGACACUCUGCGUCAGAUCCACUGUGCCACCCAGUCCUGUGGUCUGAGCAAGAACGGAGCUACCUCCCCUCAGCUCCAACACUAUCCACUGCAAGCGCAGUCCCAGACCCAACCCCAACCCCAGGCCCAGCCUCUGUCCCAACACCUGGCUGAACCCCAGCCCGAGGCCCAACCACAGCUCCAGGCCCAACCACAGCUCCAGGCCCAGCUCCAUACUCAACACCAUCCCCUGACUCAGCGCCCGUCUCUGCCUCCCCUCCCACCACAGCCCCCGCAGUAUAGGGCAGCAGGCUCUCACGAUGCCAUCUCUGAGAACGAGACGGCCAGCGAUGGUUCCUGCUGACCAGUUGCCUGUACCCGCAGUGGAGUCCACCCAAAGAGAGACAGGGAGAGGAGAAUAGAAAGAGAGAGGGGGCUUGAGAAGCAGAAAGGAGUAGAGCAAAGAACAUGGAUGGUUCCUUUAACAACCCCGAAGAUGGACAGGCAGAGUGAGAUCGAAAGGAAAAAAGAGGAGAGGGAGAGAAUGAAGGAGAUGGAGAAGGAAAAAGAGCAGGAAAGGGAGAGGGGGAGAGAUGGUGAGAGUGAGAAGGAAAGGGAGAGGGGGAGAGAUGGUGAGAGGGAGAAGGAAAGGGAGAGGGGGAGAGAUGGUGAGAGGGAGAAGGAAAGGGAGAGAGGGAGAGAUGGUGAGAGGGAAAGAGCAGAAGAGAAACAGCAAAUAGAGCAAGGGACGGGGAAGAAAACUCGCCGUAAAAGACAAGAGACACAAGUUUGACAAUGUAUUGUUUUAGAGACAAAGAAGAAAUGUCUCUAUCAGCUUUCACUCCUGUCCUAUUUAUCUCUCUUGGAUUCGAAAGGGCGAAUAACACCCAUAUUAGCGAGUUCAGUCAGUCUCUCAGUCAGUCAAUCGUUGAGUCAGUCAGUCUGUCAGGAGAGUCUUGCUGUCUUCCUCUGGGCAGUGCCAGCACUACUGGCCCUGCGGGUACAGGCACCUUACAAUGGCAUUUCAUACCGCACAAGUUCGCCUUUGGAUUCCUCUAGGAUACCCAUAGCAUGUCCAGGACCCUUUCCUUCUCUAUCUUCUCCCUUAUGUUCACUCCAUAUACCUGUAGAUCUGCCCUUCCCAUGCGUCAUCCUGAGCUUCAACCCUUUUGCCCUUCUCGCCAAGGAGGAGGCAUGCCGUUUUAAAUGCACAACGUAGAGCAGCUCACACGGACUCUGAGCUCUGUAGGGAUCCUAGCUAGAGGACCAUUACUGCACAAACAAACCUACGAGCUGUCUGGGAGAGAGACGGUAAAGGACUGCAGUUCUACUAGAAUAGAUCUCACCAGCCUGUUUUAACUGGAGCAGUCUGUUGACCCCCUCUGCGCUGAAGAGACUAAAGGACUCGAUAGGUCAAAGAUCACAAGAGAAACAUUGACCUGGGGCAGAUUCCUGCUGUCAAUCAAACACACACCUAACCUAAAAGAGAAACUAUGAAUCUAUAUAGAUGUGUACUGUAUGUAUGUACAAGUAAUGAAGAGGCCCUUUAUAUUUAUCUCUGAUAAUUCUCCCUGAAACAAAAUAUCCCAUUGAUAUGAUUGUUAUAAUUGAUGUUAGUUAUAUUCGUAUUACAAUUAUUUUAUAUACAGUACAUUGCUUCUACAUAUACAGUGACUUGAUACCUGUUGUUCUGUGCUGCAGAUCAAGACAGGUGGUGUGGAAUGUUGAGUGUAGGGGUUAGAGGUCAGGGUGGGUUUGGGUUGGGGGUCAUCAUUCCAAAAAAUUGGGUCAAACAAUAACCUGACUUGUGUUUCACUGCAAAGUGGUGUGGUUCUGUAUGAGCUCCUUAAAACGGCCCAUUAAAACUGGAUUCAUUGUU